CCCCCCUCCGCGCGUGCGCAGUGCCCCACGAGGGGGCGGGGCUCAGAUUCCUGUCAGCGGCGGCGGCGGUGGCGGCGGCCGUCAGUGUGCGCUGAGGAGAAGCCCGAAACGGACCCUUUGGCUCUCCCUCUCCCUUUUCGCCGCCCGAAACCGUCUUCUCUCUGGACUCACCGGGAGUCAGGUCUCUACUCCGCAGAGCCGCUCUCCACCACGCCGCCCUUCUCGUCGCUCGGCCGGGUGGGAAGUGACUGCCCUCGAGGAGGAGGAGGAGGAGGAGGAGGAGGAGGCAGCGGCGGCCGCCCUCGCCUCGCCGCCCCCGGUUCGGUGCCCGCGGUCCCGGAGAGGAGGUGCCGCCGCCACCGCCGCUCCCCCCCUCCCGCUGCCCUCGGGCCGGGCUGGGUCGAGCUGCGAUGCCCUCGGACUUCAUCUCCUUGCUCAGCGCGGACCUAGACCUGGAAUCGCCCAAGUCCCUGUACUCGCGAGAUUCUCUGAAGUUACACCCAUCACAGAAUUUUCAUAGAGCUGGACUAUUGGAAGAAUCUGUCUAUGAUCUUCUCCCAAAGGAGUUACAGUUACCUCCACCUAGAGAAACUUCUGUAGCUUCAAUGAGUCAGACAAGUGGUGGUGAGGCAGGCUCGCCUCCUCCAGCUGUAGUUGCUGCUGAUGCUUCUUCAGCUCCCUCCUCUUCCUCCAUGGGCGGUGCUUGCAGCUCCUUUACCACCUCUUCCAGCCCUACCAUUUAUUCUACCUCAGUCACCGACAGCAAGGCUAUGCAAGUGGAGAGCUGCUCCUCAGCCGUGGGGGUAAGUAACAGAGGGGUAAGUGAAAAGCAGUUAACCGGUAACACAGUUCAGCAGCAUCCAUCAACCCCGAAGAGGCACACAGUUUUGUACAUCUCACCACCACCUGAGGACUUGCUGGAUAACAGUCGGAUGUCCUGCCAGGAUGAGGGGUGUGGAUUGGAAUCUGAGCAGAGCUGCAGUAUGUGGAUGGAGGAUUCCCCCUCCAACUUCAGUAACAUGAGCACCAGUUCCUACAAUGAUAACACUGAGGUACCUCGUAAAUCACGAAAACGAAAUCCAAAGCAGAGGCCGGGGGUCAAACGACGAGAUUGUGAAGAAUCUAAUAUGGAUAUAUUUGAUGCCGACAGUGCCAAAGCACCUCACUAUGUGCUUUCUCAGCUUACCACGGACAACAAAGGCAACUCAAAAGCUGGAAAUGGAACAUUGGACAACCAAAAGGGAACUGGAGUAAAGAAGAGCCCUAUGUUGUGUGGACAGUAUCCGGUUAAAAGUGAGGGGAAGGAACUGAAGAUAGUUGUACAGCCUGAAACCCAGCACAGAGCUCGGUACCUGACAGAGGGCAGCCGAGGCUCAGUAAAAGACAGAACACAGCAAGGCUUUCCGACAGUGAAGCUGGAAGGUCAUAAUGAACCAGUGGUGUUGCAGGUGUUUGUGGGCAAUGAUUCUGGUCGAGUGAAACCACAUGGAUUUUAUCAAGCCUGUAGGGUAACUGGACGAAAUACGACUCCCUGCAAAGAAGUGGACAUUGAAGGUACCACUGUUAUAGAAGUUGGCCUUGAUCCUAGCAACAACAUGACACUGGCGGUGGACUGCGUAGGAAUCUUGAAGCUGAGGAAUGCUGAUGUUGAAGCCAGAAUAGGAAUUGCUGGUUCCAAGAAAAAGAGCACUCGUGCCAGAUUGGUUUUUCGAGUUAAUAUCACAAGGAAAGAUGGCUCCACUCUGACAUUGCAGACACCCUCUUCUCCCAUUUUGUGUACUCAGCCAGCAGGAGUUCCUGAAAUCUUAAAGAAAAGCUUGCAUAGCUGUUCAGUAAAAGGAGAGGAAGAAGUGUUUUUAAUUGGGAAGAACUUUCUAAAAGGAACUAAAGUUAUUUUUCAGGAAAAUGUUUCUGAUGAAAACUCUUGGAAAUCAGAAGCUGAAAUAGACAUGGAAUUGUUUCAUCAGAACCAUCUUAUUGUGAAAGUUCCCCCAUAUCAUGACCAACAUAUAACUUUGCCUGUGUCAGUGGGAAUAUAUGUUGUGACCAAUGCUGGAAGAUCUCAUGAUGUUCAGCCAUUUACUUACACUCCAGACCCAGCAGCAGCUGGUGCUUUGAAUGUAAAUGUGAAAAAGGAGAUAUCUAGUCCAGCAAGACCUUGCUCCUUUGAAGAAGCCAUGAAAGCAAUGAAAACGUCUGGAUGUAACCUAGAUAAAGUAAACAUUCUUCCUAAUGCCCUGAUCACUCCACUCAUGUCAAGCAGUAUGAUUAAGACUGAAGAUGUUACUCCAAUGGAAGUAACAGCAGAGAAAAGAUCUUCCCCUAUUUUUCAGACUACAAAGACAGUUGGUUCGACUCAGCAAGCUUUAGAAACUAUUCCUAACAUAGCAGGAAACGCGUCUUUUUCGUCACCAUCAUCUUCCCACUUACCUUCUGAAAAUGAAAAUCAGCAGCAGCUUCAGCCCAAGGCAUACAACCCAGAGACCCUGACAACUAUCCAAACACAGGAUAUCUCACAGCCUGGGACUUUUCCAGCAGUUUCUGCUUCUAGUCAGCUGCCCAGCAACGAUGCACUACUGCAGCAGGCUACACAGUUUCAGACAAGAGAAGCUCAGUCCAGAGAUCCAUUACAGUCAGAUGGCACAGUGGUUAAUUUGUCACAGUUGACUGAGGCAUCGCCGCAGCAGCAGCAGUCCCCGCUGCAAGAACAAGCACAGACGUUACAGCAGCAGAUCUCAUCAAAUAUUUUUCCACCGCCAAAUAGUGUGAGCCAGCUCCAGAGUACCAUUCAGCAUCUGCAAGCAGGAAGUUUUACAGGGGGCACUGCUGGUGGCAGCAGUGGAAGUGUUGACUUGGUCCAGCAGGUUUUAGAGGCACAACAGCAGUUAUCUUCUGUUCUGUUUUCUGCUCCAGAUGGUAAUGAGAAUGUUCAAGAACAGCUUAAUGCAGACAUUUUCCAAGUCAGUCAAAUUCAAAGUAGUGUAAGCCCCGGAAUGUUUUCCUCAACAGAGCCUGUAGUUCACACCAGACCAGAUAACUUACUACCUGGGAGGGCUGACAGUGUCCAUCAACCGACUGAAAACACACUAUCUAAUCAGCAACAGCAGCAGCAGCAGCAGCAGCAACAGCAAGUGAUGGAGUCAUCGGCUGCAAUGGUGAUGGAGAUGCAGCAGAGCAUUUGCCAAGCAGCUGCCGAACUAUUUCCUUCAGCUGCUUCAGCAAAUGGAAGCCUUCAGCAGUCUCCAGUUUACCAGCAGCCUUCUCACAUGAUGAGUGCACUGCCUACCAACGAGGACAUGCAAAUGCAGUGUGAGUUGUUCUCUUCUUCCCCUGCAGUUUCUGGAAAUGAAACUUCCACAACCACCACGCCACAGGUUACAACCCCUGGCUCCACUAUGUUUCAGGCGCCAAGUUCGGGAGAUGGAGAAGAAACUGGAGCACAGGCAAAACAAAUUCAGAACAGUGUCUUUCAGACCAUGGUUCAAAUGCAGCACAGUGGAGACAGCCAACCUCAAGUAAACCUCUUUUCAUCUACAAAAAAUAUAAUGAGUGUUCAGAAUAGUGGUACCCAGCAACAAGGGAAUAGCUUGUUCCAGCAAGGGAACGAGAUGAUAUCACUUCAGUCUGGAAACUUUUUGCAGCAGUCUUCUCAUUCACAGGCUCAACUCUUUCAUCCUCAAAAUCCUAUUGCUGAUGCUCAGAACCUUUCCCAGGAAACUCAAGGUUCAAUUUUUCACAGUCCAAAUCCUAUUGUCCACAGUCAGACUUCCACAGCAUCCUCUGAACAAUUGCAGCCUUCAAUGUUUCACUCACAGAAUACCAUGACUGUAUUACAAGGCUCUUCAGUUCCACAAGACCAGCAAUCACCCAACAUAUUUCUUUCCCAAAGUUCUAUGAAUAAUCUACAAACUAAUACAGUAGCCCAAGAAGAACAGAUUUCAUUUUUUGCAGCACAGAACUCAAUUUCUCCACUUCAGUCAACAUCAAACACUGAGCAGCAAGCUGCUUUUCAACAGCAGCCUCCAAUCUCACACAUCUCAACCCCUAUUCUUUCCCAGGAACAGGCACAAUCCACUCAGCAAGGUUUAUUUCAGCCUCAGGUGGCCCUGGGCUCCCUUCCGUCUAAUCCAAUGCCUCAAAGCCAACAAGGAGCAAUGUUCCAAACACAGCGAUCAAUCGUUGGCAUGCAGAGUAACUCUCCAUCUCAGGAGCAGCAGCAACAGCAGCAGCAGCAGCAGCAGCAACAACAACAACAACAGCAACAGCAGAGCAUUUUAUUCAGUAAUCAGAAUGCCAUGGCUCCACUGGCAUCUCAGAAGCAGCCACCACCAAACAUGAUAUUUAGCCCAAACCAAAACCCAAUGGCUAGUCAGGAGCAGCAGAACCAGUCAAUUUUUCACCAGCAAAGUAAUAUGGCCCCAAUGAACCAAGAGCAACAGCCCAUGCAAUUUCAGAAUCAGCCUACGGUUUCUUCACUUCAGAACCCAGGUCCUACGCAGUCUGAGUCACCACAGACCUCCUUGUUUCAUAGUUCUCCUCAGAUCCAGUUGGUACAAGGGUCACCUAGUUCUCAAGAGCAGCAAGUAACACUCUUCCUCUCUCCGGCAUCCAUGUCGGCACUGCAGACCAGUAUAAACCAACAGGACAUGCAACAGUCUCCUCUUUAUUCUCCUCAGAACAACAUACCUGGAAUCCAAGGAGCCACUUCUUCACCCCAGUCACAGGCUACUUUAUUUCACAACACUACAGGAGGCACAAUGAACCAACUACAGAAUUCUCCUGGCUCAUCUCAACAGACUUCGGGAAUGUUCUUAUUUGGCAUUCAAAAUAAUUGCAGUCAGCUUUUAACCUCUGGACCAGGUACCUUGCCAGAUCAGCUGAUGGCCAUAAAUCAGCCAGGCCAGACACAAAAUGAGGGCCAGGCUUCUGUGACAACACUUCUUUCUCAGCAAAUGCCAGAGACUUCCCCACUGGCCUCCUCUGUGAACAGCAGUCAGAGCAUGGAGAAGAUUGAUUUGCUUGUUUCAUUGCAAAGCCAAGGGAACAAUUUAACUGGCUCCUUUUAAUGAGAUGCAAAUUCCAUGAAGAAAGUAAUGAUGAUUCCAAGAUGUCCUGAGAAAUUGUGGUUCUGUGAAGAUCAUUGAACUGUUGUGAAAACUAUAUUGGAGUAAAUGGGUAGAUUUCCUGACUGUGAGAACACACCCAUGCUGCCUGUUGCAGUAAUGCGCCACCAAUGUGCUUUUUGUUUCUAGUAACAGUGAUGACUGAGAAUCUGUUUGAUUUUUCCAGCUGACAGAAUUGUUGCUUUUGUCCUAGUUUUUUAAAUGCAAGGCUGGGCCUCUCAGUUAUUAUUGCUAUUAGAAAAUCAUAUUUGUCAUGUUUACUUACAUUCUUAUUUUCUUUCCUACAUUAUUUUAGUCAAGUAAUGGCUUAGGACAGAGUAAAGUUUAGUAAUGACUAAGGCUGUGAUUUUGUUGAUGUAAAAAGCAUGGAUGUUGGCCAAAGUGAAGGAGUUUUUUUCAGUUUUCAUGGAUAAGCUGAAGGUAUAACUUACAAAAAAGCUGUAUUGACAACUCUGCAGAUAAGAGGACUCCUCAUCACACACAUGCAGAUGACAUGCUUUCAAACUGGGUACAGCUGGAAUGUUACUGAGGUCAUUUUGUAGAGAGUUGUUAGUUCUCUGUAUUUCUACUACGGGAUUUAGCCAUAACUGCAUAAAAAUAUUUUGUUCUAUGAAAACGAAGGGAGUAAUAUAUGACAUUAUGUUCUCAUAUUCACCUUCAGUAGUUUAAACUGACAGAGUCAUUUGAGUCUGUUUUCCUCUUACUCAGCGUUAGGCUAGUGUUCCCACUUUAUAUGCAUCUGUAUUGUUUUCCUCUUCAGUUUUAGACAGCUGUUAAUAUACCCCUGGCUUUAUGACCCUGUAGUAGUUUAGAGAAGGCAGCCACAUUGAUCCAGUGACCUGGCAGUCUGCAGCACUGGGCCAGGAAUACUCUUAGGAAUUAUUGGAAAUUGAUUCCUGAGAAAAAAACAAUUCUCUCUCUCUCUCUCUCUCUCUCUCUCUCUCUCUCUCUCUCUCUCUCUCUCUCUCUCUCUCUCUCUCUCUCUCUCUCUCUCUCUUAUUUUUUCUUCCGUGAACAGUGCUGUUCUGAAGUCUUCAAAUUUUUCCCUCUAAUGAAAAACAGUAUAAAAUCUCACUUUACAAAUGAGGCAAACAAACAUUUCUCCAGCUGUUAUUUCUCCCUGAGCUGCAGUGACGAUAAUUCAUUUGUCACCUCAGUGCUUUACAGUCGAAGUGGUCACUUAAUCGAUGGGUCCCACAAGCCUUAGGCUUUACAGGGUCGCAUCAUUGAUGUAAAAGGAAGAGUUAACUUAUGUUACAUCUACAGAGAGCAAAAUUACACACUCCAGAACUUGCAUUUGUAGCAUUAGUUGUAGAGUUUUGGGUGUUCUUGCCGCCUGUGUGGUGCCUGCUUCUCACUCCCACCUACAUCUGGACACAUGCUUAUAUCUCAUUUAUCUUUGGCAUGUGGAAAGUGUCAAUGCAGCAUGAGGCCAACAUGUGUGGCUUCUGUGUGUUGAUAUGUUUUGGUAUCCUGUUUGUUUCUUUUACUUACUUUAAGUGUCUAAAAAUUAGCCAGUUUGUAGUUUCUUUUCCUUAGCCUUAGUUUUCUUUCCAUUUUUUCUCUCCCUGUCCUACACAAUUGUUGAACUGUGUGGAGCUGUGGUGUUGGUUUGUUCAUUUGGUCAGAUUCCCCUUUUGUGAUCUUUCUUUGUUCUUUGACUAUUGUUCUUGUCAUUUGCUUUCUCUUUGUUCUUCUUCCUCUGCCCUGACCCUUCCUUUCUCUCUCUGAGAGGCAUUGGAUUACGUUUUCAGUAGUACAGGCUUCUUGCCGAUAUGAAGGGAACUUUCCAGAAAGAGACCUACUCUGGUCAUUUAAUUUUGAAAACAGUUUUCAAUCGUUCAAGUUUUGGAUGGUUUAUAUCUAAUGUGUGUUUCAUUUUUUUGGAAAGCUAUAUUUUAUAUUUAGGAAAUGGUAUACUAUUUUGCUAUUUGUACUGAGUGAGUACAUUGGCAUAAAUAUAGAAAUUUAUAUAUAUAUAUAUAUACAUAUAUAAACUAUUCUUUUUGCCACACAUUUUUGUGGUAAAUUUGUGAGUUUGUCUGAUGUUCUACCACAACGUGGCGUCUGAUAACAGUGAGGGGUUUGUUAUGUCUUUAUUGAGUAUUUAAGUACCUUUUGAAACAAAUGGCCUGUUUAUCUGUAGCCAUUCCAUCAGGCAGUUCCUUGAUGUUACUAGUGAGCUAAAGGCAACGACUCUGUGUUUGCUGGAUCUCCACUCAGCAAGGUGUUAAAGAGCAAGGAAUCUUACUGAGGUAGUGUCAAAUGGUGUUUGACAAGAAUGAGCCACUCUGUCUUUGUUCACUAUAUAUUUAAUAUUUUAUUAUUGUUGUUGUUAUUAAUUGGCUUUCUGUAUCCUAUGCCUUUUAUUUAUAAAGACACUAAAAAUACCAUGUUUGUAAUUUUAAUAACAUUUUCCCAUCUUUUAAUAUCCAGAACUACUUUAUAAAUUCUCUAAACCGAAAGUAUUUUCCUCAAUGUCUCCCUUCUCCCCCACUCCCUACAGGGAAGAAUCACCCAGCAUAGUUCAGGUUACGAUAAGAGUCAGCCACACAAUUCAGUGCUUCAGCUUUCAGAUGUCCAACAGACACUAGCGUGUCUUAGAAGAGACAGGAGUCAGCGUUUAAAACUACAUUUAUUUCUGAGUUUUCAGAGUUACUUUCUGAGAUCAUGUAGGAGACUCACCAAGAUCAAAUUAGAAUGUUACUACCGCACCAUGGAUGAAGUGCAGCAAGAAGUCUGGCUUGUGUGGUGACUUCUGUUUGUUCUGUACUAGAAGCUUAUCCUUAUAAAAUGCUGAUUGGCAAUGCCAAGUCACUGGGACCAAUUUCUGUUUUAUAAUGUCUGAGUUUAGAACAGAACAUCACCUGAACUGUAGUGGUUUGAGUGGAUGGAGGCAAAACCCCUCAUUUUUAGUCUCAUCACUUCUGUGGUUAUUUAUACAAGGGCUGUGCUGUGCUACCAUAUUCCUGUUCAAUAAUGAUGGAAGUUUAUUUGUUUUCUUACAUUGUUAAAUGUUCCUUGCCCCUAAAGGUCCGUGUUAAGUACAAUGUUCUGAAUAUAUGAUUUGGUUACAAGAAGUCUUUGUCUUCUUAUUGAAGAGUUAGCUCAGUGGUUGAUACUUGUGCUAAGAAUGCAGCUUCUCAGUUCCUGUUACAGUUACAACUGCCCGUGGGAAGACUCAGUGAGCCAGUAAAGACCUUGGGAAUCAGGAUUUAUUAAAUUUAUAUCUGGCAGAAGGACCUAAAUAAACUGUGAACUACAUUUUAUUCCUUUGUUACAUUCAGUUCUUGCUUUCAGCAACUCAUAGAAAUGCUUGGAGCUUAUCUCUCUCUCUCUCUCUCUCUCUCUCUCUCUCUCUCUCUCUCUCUCUCUCUCUCUCUCUCUUCUGUGGGUGAGCAUGCGUGCAUGCAUGUAUGUGUGCUUGUUAUUCCUUAUUGUCAUUCCACACCAGGGAGAAGACAGUUAGAUAAUUUGUUUGAUUUUGUUGUUUUAUUUUGUUUCGUUUUGAGGCAGAGUUUCUCUGUGUAGCCCUGGCUGUCCUAGAAUUCACUCUGUAGACCAGGCUGGCCUUGAACUCAAGAGAUCCGCCUGCCUCUGCCUCCUGAGUGCUGGGAUUAAAGGCGUGUGCCACCUCUGCCCAGCUUAGAUAAUUUGUUUCUAAGAUUUGCUAUAGGCUUUUCUAAUUCUAACAUCAUGUGAUUUGUUAUUUAGCCAAUUUUGGUAUGUCUACCCCGUCUCCUUAGAACAAGUGUUUAAAGGGCUUUAUUAUCAAAGCAGUAUUAAUGAGAGGCCUCUUUCCCUCCCUCCCAUUCUCCCAUCCUUCCUUGCCCCCCACCUUUAUAUAAUAUUGUAAGUUAUAGUUUAGAAUCUCAUUAUCAUAGGUUUAUUGCCUACCAAAGUUUUGGCUAAUCUACCCAGAAAAAAGUAGAAGGAAGAAAUUGUGCACAUGUCCAUUUAGAAUGAAAAUAAUUCCUUUUGACAUUUUUGAAUGUUUGUUUUUAUUUGUUUUCAGUAUUUGUUUUCAAUGAGGUUGCACUACGCUGCCCAAGUACUGGGCCUGGAGGGAUGAAGCACCUUACCUGGGCCCCUUUGGCCUUUUUAAGCCAUUGUAAAUGUUUGUUUGCGAAAAAUGGAAUCUGUCAGCAAAUAAGAACCACAGUGAAAAAUGACUGACUGAUUCUUAAACUCAGCAUAGUUGUACAUAUUCUUGGGGGUUAGCCUGAGAAUUUUUCUAGUAAAAUUUUCUGUAUCCCUGUUUCCUGAUUUUUAAUUAGUUAAAAGUUAUGGGAGACCUUGUAACUUUAUUCUGCAUCUGGAGCAUAGGUUCUAUCUCUAAUCAAGAUUUCCUUUUUAUAGAUGCGUGCUUUUGGUUAUGUGGAGGGACUCAAUGAAAAAGAAAAAUUAAUUCAGCAUAUGUAUUAGAGAAAUAACUCAGGUCUUGGGGUGUGGUUCAGGGGUACAGAGUUUACAUCUCAUGUGCAAGGCCCUGAAUUUGAUCCCCAGCACCACCAAAAGGGAGAGAAAAAGAACCUGGGUAUACACACUAGCAAGAGAAUGAGCACUGGUCCAUCACACACACUGAGAGCUUUCCCUGUCUAAACUGUGGAGGUGGCAUUCAUGAUGCAGGAAAUUGACUCACUACAGUAUCAUUAGUAAAUUGUCCUGGUGCCCUAAUUACUUUUGAGCUCUGUUUUCAUGCCAUGCUAAGCCUUGUAUGUUAAUAAAAUUCUGUUUUUACUGCUCUUGUUCUUUCAGGCAACUUUUUACAUUAGUAUUUUAUAUAGAGAUUACAUGUGUAUGGAAAAGUGCCUUUUUACCAUGCCAGUGUACCCUUCUUAUAAUUCCGCCUUCCACUGUUGCCAGAAAUAUAUGAACAACUGGUCUUAACAGGUCCCAACCUAGACUUUUUCAUUUGGCCAUUCUUUUCUCCAUUUCUUGGUCACAAUAGAAGAAAACUUUGUCAGUUCCUUUGACUUGAAAAUAACAGAGAAAGUUCUUUGGCAAAAUUGCUUGGAGAGUAAGUGUAUGCUGUUGAGGCUUACAUGAAUCAACUCUUAAUUUUCUCAUCCCAACAAAUUAGAGCUGGGUCUUCCUAGAACAGUAAUGAAAAUUUGGCUGUGUGCGAAAUUCCAUGCACACAAGUGUUUGUUAAAUGUUGUGAAGACACUACUCAUAGCAUCUUCUCUGGCCCUAAUUAGCUGGGUGAAAAGCAGUCAUUAAAACAUAGGUUUUGUAAGUCCUGGGGAUAAUGUUGAUUCUUUUUUUUUUUUAAUUAAACAUGACAAAGUAGUUUAUUAUAUUUCUUUUCUAUCAGAACUUUAGUUAAUUGGCCUUGGAAAGCUUAGUAUCAGAAAAAAAUUAGGAAGAAGUCAUUUGAGUCCUGGGAGAGCUAAGGUAAUUUCUUUAGUGUUAGAUGCAGUUGGAUUGAGUGUCCUGGUUUUGCCCAUUUUGUUGCUGUUCUAGCUCCGUACCAAAUGGUGGUACCUGAAGAAAGGGCCAUCAGCCACAAACUAAGGACAGUGGUAACUUAAACACUGGGGUGGAGCUAUGUUCCCCGUGGAAGUAUUUUUGUGACCGUUGGACGGAAGAUGGCAAACUUUUAUGCAAUAUUCUUAAUACCCUAUUGUGCACUUUAAUCAUCCCAAAUUCAGAGUAGCGCAUCCAUUUUUAUUUUGGAUAGCUGGCUUGGUGUGUUUGAUGACUGCUUUUUAAAGUAACUCGGAAUAAGUGUGAAGUUGCUAUUUUCUAAAGGACUUUUAAGACUUGGAAACUUAGUGUAAGGAAAUGACUACACUGUAGCAGAUUGUUUUAGAAUGGUAAAGUGAUUGACUGGCUGAUGAGUGUAUUGGAGAGCUACUUAGAACCAUCCCCUUCUUGUGUGUUUUAUGUCCUUAUAGAAGAACGCUAUAAUGUUUAGUUUCUAUCUGUGUGGUUUAUGUAAACCAGUAUGGUCCUCCACCCCAGCAGCUAGCAUCAGUAUGAGCAGGAAACUAGUUAGAGGUGUGCAUUCUUGGGCAAUAGCCCAGCCUUGCUGAAUUAGAUCUGAAGUUGGGCCCAGCAGUCUGUCUGACCCAACCCAAGGUGAGUCCGAUGCACCUGAGUUUCAGAGCAUAGUGAAAGUGAGAGACUUUCCUUCCCCACUCUUAGAGAUUCCUUCUUUAUGUAUAUUCAGCCUUACCUAGUAAUCUGUGAUCAUUUAUCAACAAUGGUAAUUUAUUCUCAGUACUGCCUAAGAAAUGCAUAUGUCUUAUGUAUCUAUACAGUGUAGUUGCUAAUAAUUAAUUUAACUUAGUUUGGCAUUUUCCUACCACUGACUAAAAAGUUUACAUUAACUGACUGAUUUCAAUAUAUAGGUGCAAUGUUCGGUAUUUCUUUAAUUGGUGUGACAUUUACUUAGCUAAAAUAAUUGAUGGGUGCUACAGUUUCCUGUUUAUGCAUAAUAUGGGUACAUUGUGGGCAGUGUAAUACAAGCUUUCUCUUCAUUUCCUCUUAACUUUACCAGCAGACCACGGUUUUGCUCUGGCUGGACCAGCUCUCAGAACAGAAUUACCAUUCCAUAUCAUUUUUCUUGUAUCUGAGAUAGUAAAUCAGAUGGCUGGCUAGGCCAACAUAACACCUCUUAGUUGAUUUCUUCUCUUAGUUGAUAAGGAUUCUUUUCAAGUAGCUUACUUGGCAUUUGAAUGCUGCAGUAGAGUGAUGGUUCUCUUUGGAACUCAUGCUUCAGGUGAAGUACUUAAUAACAUAAGACAGUGCAUUUUAUAACUUGGCUAUUUUUCCCUCUUCAGUUGUGUGCAUCCUAACAAAUAAGCAGAUUUACUCAUAUUUUCCUUUAUAAUUCAGCACUUCCAUCAUUAAUCUUCCUUCCACUGUUUACAAAUCACUGAUGAGUUAACUCAUGAAAGAUUCACUUUUCAGAAUAAAACUAAAUGAAUACUUGCUUUCUGAGAAUCACUGCUCUCUGUCCCACACUAGCAGUGCUAAGUGGCUUACUCUACAAACUGGUGCUGGAAAGUAAGUAGGCAAACUGUUGGAAUGUUCUAGAGACACCCUCUCUAGUACCCCUACCCCACCCCUGCUGGAUUACAGCAUCUGUGGCUGGACCCAGAGCAUUCUCCACAGUUUAUUCAAGCCCCAGUUUGUAAUCCCUCCUUUAAAAAUCCUGCAUUCAGCUGUCACCCCUACUUGCUCUUUCAUGUCGGUCCUCCCCCAACAUAGAACCCACCCCAGGAGUAAUGUAUGGUUUGUAGGGCUGACCUCAGGACAGCUUAUACUCACACAUAAUCCCAGAUGGAGGAGAGUGGGGUUAGAAUCAAACUUCUGUGACCAAUAAAACCUGUCCUGGCUGGAGUUAGAGCUAGGUAGUUAGAACCCAAGGUGGGUGCAAUCCCCAGUACAGAGAGAGACAGAGACAGAGAAAGAAAAGAAAAAAGAACUGUCCUGCACUGAAGUGAUCACAAUUUCACUCCGUAGAGACCUUCUGCAGCGCAAUUGAACUAACUCCUUCUAUCUGAUGACUGCUCACCUUGUUUCUUCCAAGGAUAAGCUCCAAGGGAUUGCCGCUUUCCUGGCAACUUGACUGAGUUUCACGCUUUUCUUUUACUUUGUGUUUUAAUGAGUAACUUGGACUAUUUCAUUAACCUGUUCUCAAGUGAUUUAGCUGCCAUUCUGCCAUUUUGAGUUUUUAUUUAAUUUUAUCUGCUUGAGCACACUGAUCAACCACUGACUGCCUUCUUGCAUUGUCCUGCAAUGAUGUAAGAGUGACAUUUGUGUAUAUGGCUUCAUAGUUGGAAUUUCAGAGCACUGACACCAGAUAUUCUCAGUUUGUUCUCUAGGGGAAUUUUCAUUUGCAUCUAUGUUUUUAGCUAUCUGUGAUAACUUGUUAAAUAUUAAAAAGAUAUUUUGCUUCUAUUGGAACAUUUGUAUACUCGCAAUUAUAUUUCUGUAAACAGCUGCAGUCAAAAAUAAAACAUUGAAAGUUUUCA